UUACGUGAUUUAUCAUCAUUUAAAAACAAACAAACACACAUUAUAUAUUGAAUGAGUGAAGACAGAUAUACUUCACAUCUCUCAUGGGAUUCUUUACACUAAGAAUUUGAAGAUGGUUUUCAAAAGAGGAGUUGGAACAUCAGCAAACACAAUGAGGCUGGAAACAAUAGCAAUACUUUUACUUAUAACAGCAACAACUACAGAUACACAAAAUACAAUAACUACUGCAGCUCCCACAACCACUGCAGACCCUAUUAAAACCACAACCAUUUCAGCGCUAACUACAAACACAACCACUACAACUACAACUACGGCAGCCACCUUUACAACCACUGCCAUCCCACCUACAACCACAACUACAGCUAACCCCAGUACAACCACAACUACUGUAGACCCCAGUACAACCACAACCACGGAAGACCAAACUACAACCACAACCACAGCAGCCCCCACUACAACUACAACCACUACAGCCCCAACAAAAACCAUGAUUACUGCAGCCCCUACUACGACAACUGCAGCUGCCACUACAAACACAACCACUGAAGCCACCAUUACAACUACAACCACUGCAGCCUCAACUACAACCACUGCAGUACACAUUACAACUACUGCAGGCCCAAUCAUGAACACAACCACUGCAGCCCCAACUACAACCAAAACCACUGCAGCCCCUACUAUAACUACAGCCGCCCAAACUAUAACCACUGCGGCCACAACUACAACCACAACCACUGCAGCCUUUAGUAUAACCACAACCACACCUGCCAAAGCUACAACCACUGCAGCCCCUAUUACAACCACAACCACUGCAGCCCCCACUCCAACUACAGCCACUGCAGCCCCAGCUACAACCACAACCACUGUUACCACUUCUACAAUUACAGCCAAGCCAAUAACAACCACAGAUGCCCAAGCUUCAGCUAUGAUCACUUCCGCCCCCACUGCAAACACAACUUCUGCAGCAACAAUUACAACCACAGCCACUGCAGCCUUAACGACAACUACAAGCACUGCAGUUCCUACUACAAUGACAACGACUGUAGCUCCAACUAUAACCACAACCAGUGCAGCCCCUACUACAACUACAGCCACCCCAACUACAAACACUGCAGCCCCAGCUAUAAUCAUAAUUACAGCCACCCCAGGUACAACCACUGCAGCCCCCACUACAAUCACAACUUCUGCAGCACCAAUUACAACCACAGCCACUGCAGCGAUAAUGACAACCACAACCACUGCAGAACUAACUACAAUGGCUGUAACCCCUACUACAAGUACAGCCACCCCAAUCCCAACCACUGCAGCCACCAAUACAACCACUGCAGCCCCCAUUACAUCCACUGCAGGUUCAAAUACAACAGCAAACACUGCAGCCCCCACUACAGCCACAGCCGCUCCAACUACAACCACUUUAGCCCCUAUGAUAACUACAGCCACCCCAGCUACAACCACUGAAGCCCCAAUUACAAUCACAACCACAGCCACCCCAGCUAAGACCACUACAGCCCCAACUACAACCACAACCACUGCAGCCUCUACGACAACAACAGCCACCCCAGCUACAAACACUGCAGCCCCAACUACAAGUACAACCACAGCAACACCAGCUACAACCACUGCAGCCCCCAUUACAAACGCUACAGCAACUACUACAACAACUGUAGGCCCUACGAUAACUACAGCCACCCCAGCUACAACCACUGCAGCCCCAACUACAACCACAACUUUUGCAGCACAAACUACAACCACAGCCACUACAGCCCUAAUGAUAACUACAAGCACUGCAGUCCCAACCACAACCACAGGUACUGUGGCCCCUACUACAACCACAGCCGACCCAACUAGAACCACAGGAGAAACAACAACAAACACAACCACUGCAGCCCGAAAUACAACCAUAAGUACUGCAGCCCCUACUACAAAUACAGCCCCCACAACUACAACCACUGCAACCCCAACUACAAACACAACCACUGCAGCAUCCACUACAACCACAGCCGCCCCACCUACAACCACUCCAGCACCCUAUACAACCACUUUAGCCCCAAUUACAACCACAGCCACUGCAGCACCUAAUACAACUACAGCCACCCCAGCUACAACCACUGCAACCCCAACUACAACCACAACCACUGCAGCACCCACUACAACCACAUAUGCCCCAUUUAUAACCAUUACAUCUCCUACUACAACCACAAACACUGCAGCCUAUACUACAACUACAGCCACCCCAUCUCCAACCACUGCAGCCCCUAAUAAAACUACUGCAGUGCCCACUACAACCAUAAUUACUGCAGCCAUUACUACAACCACUGCAGCCCCCACUAGGACCACAACGUCUCCAGCCCCUACUACAACUACAGCCACCCCAACUACAAUCACAACUCCAGGUACAACCACUGCAGCCCUCACUAGAAACAUAACGACUGCAGCCCCCACUACAACCACAACCACAGCAGCACCUACUACAACCACAGCCACUGCUAGCCUAAUUACAACCACUACAGCCCCAAUUACAACAACAACCACUGCUGCCCCAACUACAGCUACAACCACUGCAUCCCUCACUACAUCCCCAAUCACUGCAGACUCAACUACAACCACAACCACUGCAGCUCCCACUACAACCACAACCAAUGCAACACCAUCUACAACCACUGCAUCCCCAAGUACAACCACAACCGCCCUAAUUACAACAACAACAAAUGCAGACUCAACUACAACCACAAACACUGCAGCUCCAACUACAAUUACAACCACUGCAGCACCCACUACAACCACAUAUGCCCCAUUUAUAACCAUUGCAUCUCCUACUACAACCACAAACACUGCAGCCCAUACUACAACUACAGCCACCCCAUCUCCAACCACUGCAGCCCCUAAUACAACUACUGCAGCGCCCACCACAACCAUAAUUACUGCAGCCCCUACUACAACCACUGCAGCCCCCACUAGGACCACAACGGCUGCAGCCCCUACUACAACUACAGCAACCCCAACUACAAUCACAACUCCAGGUACAACCACUGCAGCCCUCACUACAACCACAACUUCUGCAGCACAAAUUGCAACCACAGCCACGGCACCAAUAAUGACAAUUAUAAGCACUGCAGCACCCACUACAACCACUGCAGCCACAACUACAAACACAAAUACAGCUAACACCACUAGAACUACAACAACUGCAGCCACAACUACAACCACAAUUACUGCAGCCUCUACUACAACCACAAACACUGCAGCCUUCAAUAGAAACACAACGACUGCAGUCCCCACUACAACCACAACCACAGCAGCACCUACUACAACCACAGCCACUGCUAGCCUAAUUACAACCACUACAGCCCCAAUUACAACAACAACCACUGCUGCCCCAACUACAGCUACAACCACUGCAUCCCUCACUACAACCACAACCAAUGCAACACCAUCUACAACCACUGCAUCCCCAAGUACAACCACAAACGCACUAAUUACAACAACAACCAAUGCAGCCCCCACUACAUCCACAACCACUGCAGCCCCCACUACCACCACAACCACUGCAGUCUCCAAUACAACCACAAGCACUGCAGCACCGACUACAAGCUCAACCAAUGCAGAAUCCACUACAUCCACAUCCACUGCAGCCAAAACUACAAACGCAAUCACUGCAGCCCUAACUACAACCAUAACCACAUCAGCCUCCACUACAACCACUGUAGCCCCAACUACAACAACAAUCAACACAACACCUAAUACAACCUCAAACACUGGGGCCCUAAUUACAAACACUACAGCCCCAACUAGAACCGCAAUCACUGCUGCCCAAACUAUGACAACCACUGUAGCCCCAACUACAACCACAGAUACUGCAGCCCCCACUACAGCCAUAACCACUGCAGCCUCAACUACAACCAGAACCACUGCAUCCCCCACAACAACCACAACCAGUGCAGCCUCAAAUACAAACACAACCACUGCAGCUCCCGCUACAACCACUGUAGCCCAAACUACAACCACAAUCACUACAGCACCUACUACAACCCCAAUCACUGCAGCCUCAACUACAACCACAACCACUGCUGUCCCAAUGAUAAACACAACCACUGCAGCCCCAACUAUAACCUCAAACACUGCCGCCCUAAUUACAAACACUACAGCCCCAACUAGAAGCACAACCACUGCUGCCCAAACUACGACAACCACUGCUGCCCCAACUACAGCUACAACCACUGCAGCCCCCACUACAACCACAACCACUGCAGACUCAACUACAACCACAACCACUGCAUCCCCAACUACAACCACAACCAGUGCAGCCUCAACUACAACCAGAACCACUGCAGCUCCCACUACAACCAAAACCAAUGCAACACCAUCUACAACCGCUGCAUCCCCAAGUACAACCACAACCGCCCUAAUUACAACCACAACUAAUGCAGCCCCCAAUACAACCCCAACCACAGCAGCCCCCACUACAACCACAAACUCUGGCGGCCCAACUACAACCACUGAAGCCCCACCUAUAACCACUACAGCCCACACUACAACCACAACCACUGCAGCCCCCACUACAACCACAAACACUGCAGCCUCUAUUACAACUACAACCACUUCAGCCCUCACUACAAUACCAACCACUGCAGCCCAAACUACAACCCCAACCACUGCAGCCCCAAGUACAACCAAAACAGCCAUCUCCAUUCCACAGCCAUUGGUCUACACUGCAGCCCCAACUACAGCCACCCCAACUGCAAUCACAACUCCAGCUAAAACCACAGCAGCCCUCACUACAACCACAACCACAGCAGCCUCAACUGCAUCCACCCCCACUUCAGCCUCAACUACAACCACAACCACUACAGCCCCAACUACAACCACAACCACUGCAGCCCCCACUACAACCACAACCACUGCAGCCCCCACUACAACCAUAACAACUACAGCAACUAGUACAACCACAACCACUGCAGACCGCACAACAGCAACAACCACUGCUGCUCCAACUAUAACCACAGUCACUGUAGCCCCCUCUACAACCACUACAGUCCCCACUACAAUCACAACAUAUGCUGCCCAAACUACAACCACAAACACAGUAGCCCCCACUACAACCACAACCACUGCAGCCUCAAAUAAAACCACAACCACUGCAACCCCAACUACAACCACUGCAGCAUCUACUACAACCACAACGACUGCAUACCCCUCUACAACCACAACCACAGCAGCCUCAACUACAACCAGAACAACUGCAGCCCCCACUAUAUCCACACCCACUGCAGCCUCCACUAUAAACACAACCACAGCAGCUCCCACUACUACCCCAACCACUGAAGCCUCGACUACAAACACAGUAGCCCCAACUACAACCACAACUACUACAGCACCUACUACAAUCCCAAACACUGUAGCCUCAACUAGAACAACAACCACUGCUGCCCCAAUGACAACCACAACCACUGCUGCCCCAACUACAACCACAAACACAGCAGCCCCCACUACAACCACAGAUACCACAGCACCUAAUACAACCUCAAACACUGCGGCCCUAAUUACAAACACUACAGCCCCAACUAGAACCGCAAUCACUGCUGCCCAAACUACGACAACCACUGCAGCCCCAACUACAACCACAGAUACUGCAGCCCCCACUACAGCCACCCUCAACUACAACCACAACCACUGCUACCCUAAAUACAACUACUACAGCCCCAACUACAACAAAAACUACUGCUACCCCAGCUACAGCUACAACAACUACAGCCUCUACUACAACACCAAUCAUUGCAGCCUCAACUACAACCACAGCCACUGCAACCCCCACUACAACCACUGCAGCUGCCACUACAACCACAAACACUGCAUCCCCAGCCCCCACUACAACCACAGCCACUGCAGCCCCCGCUACAACCACAGCCUCUGCAGCCCCCGCUACAACUACAGCCUCUGCAGCCCCGACUACAACCUCAACUAA